UGUAUGAAAUGAAAUUGAAUGAAACAAACGAAACAAAACGAAAUGAAAUUGAGUGAAUCAGAAGAAGAAAGGUAAUGAAUGCAAUGCAGAACCUUGCUCAAUCUUUCUCUCUCAAUCCAUUUCUCUUUCAAGAUCGUAACUUUACUCAAUUCCCCCAAACCCCACACCAAUUCCACGCUCUCUAUCUCAAAAGCGGCACCUUGAAUCACCCUUCUCUCUCUUCUCGCCUUCUUUCCCUCUACACGGACCCCAAAAUCAACGACCUCAAAAGUGCCCUCUCCCUGUUCGACGCAUUGCAACAACCCUCUCUGCUUUCGUGGAACUUGAUCAUCAAGUGUUGCGUUCAGAACCACCGUUCCAAUGAUGCUGUUGCACUCUUUCGCCGAAUGGUUCUUCAUGGGGUUGUGCCCGAUGGGUUCACGCUCCCUUGCGUGAUCAAGGGCUGUGCUCGCUUGGUUGCGGUUCACGAGGGAAAACAGGUUCAUGGGUUGGGAUUGAAAAUUGGGUUCGGUUCGGAUAAGUUUGUGCAGAGUAGUUUGGUGAGCAUGUAUGCGAAGUGGGGUGAGAUGGGUGUGGCUAGAGAAGUGUUUGAUCGAAUGGAGGAUAAGGAUUUGGUGUCUUGGAACUCUUUGAUUGAUGGGUAUGCUAGAAAUGGUGAUGUUGAGUUUGCGAUGAAGCUGUUCGAUGAAAUGCCUGAGAGGGAUGAGUUUACUUGGACUGCUUUGGUUGAUGGGUUAUGCAAAUGCGGCGAGGUUGAGACUGCAAGAGAGGUGUUUGAUCAAAUGCCUAGUAAGAGCUUGAUCUCCUGUAAUGCUAUGAUUAAUGGGUAUAUGAAGUGUAGGAAAGUCCAUCUGGCUAAUCAGUUGUUUAGCCAGAUGCCGGUGAGGAGUCUGAUAAGCUGGAACUCAAUGAUAGCAGGUUUCGAGCUCAAUGGGUGGUAUGUUGAAGCUUUAGAGUUGUUUGAUGCACUUUUGAAAGAGGGACUCAUGCCCAGCAAUGUUACAAUACUCGGUGCUCUUUCAGCAGUUUCAAGUUUAACUGUUCUCAGUAAUGGAAGAUGGAUUCAUUCGUUUAUGGUUAAACAUGGCUUUGAAUUAGAUGGCGUACUUGGUACAUCGCUGAUAGCAAUGUAUUCCAAGUGUGGCAGCAUAGAGAGUGCCAUGAAAGUUUUUGAAGCAAUAGCCAAUAAGAAGUUGGGACAUUGGACGGCUAUAAUUGUGGGGUUAGGAAUGCAUGGCUUAGCUGACCAAUCUCUUGAGCUUUUUCAGCAAAUGCGCAGAAUUGGAAUGAAACCACAUGAUAUAACUUUCAUUGGAGUGUUGAAUGCUUGUAGUCAUGCAGGAUUGGUUGAUGACGGAAGCCGAAUUUUUCACAUGAUGAUAGAUGAAUACAAAAUCAAGCCAACAGUUGAGCAUUAUGGUUGCUAUGUUGACAUUUUGUGUCGAGCUGGACAUCUAGAGCAGGCAAAGAUGAUCAUUGAAAGCAUGCCAAUGAGGCCAAACAAAGUUAUCUGGAUGAGUUUGCUCGGCGGUUCUAGGAACCAUGGAAAUUUGGAAAUUGGCGAAUAUGCAGCUCAUAAUUUGAUUGAGGCAGAUCCAGAUUUCACUGGGUGUUACACCGUGCUGUCAAACAUGUAUGCUGCAGCUGGGAAGUGGGAUAAGGUUUCGCAAGUAAGGGAAAUGAUGAAGAAAAGAAGAGUAUCCAAGGAUGUUGGAUGCAGCUUCAUUGAGCACAGAGGCCAACUUCAUAGGUUUAUUGUGGGUGAUAGAUCACAUCCGCAAUCUGAGGACAUAUAUGCAAAAUUGAAGGAGAUGAGGGAAAAACUGAAACAAGCUGGUCAUGUUCCUGAUACAAGCCAGGUUCUACUGAAUAUUGAAGGGGAGAAAGAAAAGGAAUCUGAAUUAGAGAACCACAGUGAGAGGUUGGCCAUAUCAUUUGGCCUCAUCAAUAUGGAAGGCACAACUCCUAUUCGUAUCAUAAAAAACCUUAGAGUCUGUAAUGAUUGCCAUGAAGUUACUAAACUCCUGUCUGUAAUCUACCAUCGCGAAAUUGUAGUUAGAGAUAAUAGCCGGUUCCAUCAUUUCAAAAAUGGAUCAUGUUCUUGCAAUGAUUUUUGGUGAUUGCAUUUCCAUUAGCAUUAUAGUAUGUCAUGGAUUCUUGGGCAGCUUUGAACAUAUUUGUCUGAGUUGUUUCCCUGUCUCCUUGUCUAGUUGUAUAUUGAUCUUAAAAAUUGAUAUAGCCAUU